AUGCCUGAUGAGAACGUGGUGCCAGAAGCGCAGGUGCCAAGUGCGAGCGGGUCGCAAGGACCUGAUAUUUCUCAGCCAGAAACUAGUCAAGAAAUUUCACCUGAACCUCAGGCUGCUGAGCCCGAAGAUGAAUUCGCCCUCACACCGAAAAAGUCGAAGAAAGAUAAGAAGGGGAAAAAGAAGGACAGUCUUGCGCCAACCACGGCACCUGAUGAGACUCCUCCUGUUGAGACUGCUCCUAUUGAAUCCGGAAAAGACAUUGAAGCGUUACACAACUCCAGAGAUGUUGAUUCAGAAGACGUCGUCGCUAUUCCCAGCGAAUUCCCCCCUGCUGAGGAUGACUGGGCCGUGCCAGGAAAGAAGUCCAAGAAAGACAAGAAGCGUCAAAGUCUUCCGACUUCAGAUGCUGCCGACCAACUGCAAUCUGACGCCAACCCAGUACAAAAUCCCUCAAGUGAAGAGCCAUCAAUUGCUGUGAGCCCUGUAAUCGAGCCUGUGAGCGAGCCAGCUGAUGACUUUGGCUCCACGUCGAAGAAAUCGAAGAAGGGCAAUAAAAAGCGACAAAGCUUGCUUCGAUCCUCGACCUUUGAUGAGACGCCAGAGCAGCAAUUUGAAGACAAGAAUUUGGAAGUUGCAUCCAGUAGCCAAGAUAUCAAGGACAUCGAAUCUCUUCCAUCUGCCGAACAAGAUGAUGGAUUCGACGUUACAUCUAAGAAAUCCAAGAAGGACAAAAAGAAAGACCGCCGUAGCACGCAAGAACCUUCGACGACCGAAGAUGUAUCAACGGCUUUGCAGGAACCAGUUGGUAUUGAGCAAGGUGGUGAGGUUACAAGCCAACCGCACGACCCGGUCCCAUCUUUGGAAGAUCCUACCCCAGCACUUGAUUCUUCCAGCCACGAACCAUCAUUGGAUGAAGGACCUCUUGCUCAGCCAGCUCUAGACGCCACGCAAGAAGAGCCGGAUAACCUCUUCGAUGAAUUUUCCUUUUCCAAAAAGUCUAAGAAGGACAAGAAAAAACGUAAGGACUCGUCCAAGCACAGUUCCGAAGAAGUAUCAGGACUCUUAACGCCCUUGGACCCUCCCGCCGAGACAAAAGAGCAGCCCACUGAAUCCUCAACAUCAAAAGAGGCCGAGCAAGAAAAAGCAUCUGUCGUUGCCGAAAUACUAGACCCUGCCCCAAAGGUAGAUGCUGAAGGGACUGGCGUUUGGGAUGCUUUCUCAACCAAGAAGUCGAAGAAGGACAAGAAGAAGAAGAACAUUUCCCGGGAUACUUCAGGAGAGCCAUCUGGAAUUUCAACGCCUCUUGAUUCAGCUCCACAAUCCUCAAUGGAAGUUUCCGAAGCGAACUCACAAUCUGAGAACGUACUCGACAGGUUAACCCUAGAAAAACCUCCGGACGUACAGUUGGCAUCCGAAGCGCCCGCAACUCCGCAAGGUGUCGCCGAGGAGCCAGAACAAGACGAAUUCUUUUCCCACUCCAAGAAAUCCAAAAAGGAUAAGAAAAAGCGCAAGUCUGGCUUGUCCACACCUAUUGAGACCACACCUAUCGAGACCACACCUAUCGAGACUGUCCCUGAAACUUCCAUGUCAGUUGAAGAGCCCUUCGACCAAGAACAGUCCACGUCCGAACAGCAGGUUGAUCAGCCAAUCAUUCCUCCUUCCGCGCAAGAAACUGUCGAAGAGCCAGAGCAAGAUGAAUGGGCUUCUCUUUCUACUAAGAAAUCCAAGAAAGACAAGAAGAAGCGCCAAUCCGGGUUGUCGACUCCGGCGGAUGAGGAUACAAAACCAGUUGGAGAGCUUGUUAGCGUUGUUGCACCGCUUGCCGCCAUCGCCACCAAAGAGAUUAUUGACGAAUCUUCUAAGAAUAAGGAAUCGCCAGCAAGCGUUGCUACUCAAGAUACAAUCCAGGAACCUGACGAAAACGGAUCGGGUUCUUUUUCGACCAAGAAAUCCAAGAAAGACAAGAAAUUGCGUAAAUCCGGACUUGCCACGCCAAUUAAAGAGAUCGUAGACAAGAGCGGUCCUAGUGAAGAGACCAUUGCUAGUGAGAGUCAGAUCUUCCCCGAACCUACGCAAGAUGUCGUCGAGGACUCCAAGCUAGAGGAUUUGCCAACAUCCACUGAGACCCGCGAGAUAGUUGAUGAGCCUUCACAUCUUGAGGAGCCUUCCGUCCCCGCUACUUUGCAAGAGGCUGAAGAGCCUGUGGAUGAGUGGUCCUCCUCGGCCAAAAAGAGCAAGAAAGACAAGAAGAAACGCAAGUCUGGUCUUUUGACUCCGGUAGAAGUGGUUUCCGAGAAGCCAAUUGAGACAGCAGAAUCAUCCACACCGGCACAAGAGAUACUUGAAGAGCCUGCAAAAUCUGAGGAGUCGGCACUCACUCAAUCACCAGAAGUGUUGAAGGAGCCAGUAGAUGAUCGGCCACCAAUAUCAAGGAAGCAUUCCAAGAAAGACAAGAAACGAAAAUCCAGGCUGUCUACUCCAGCAGAGGAGCUAUCCACGGAGUCUUUUGAGUCUGGACCAUAUAUGUCCGCUGCAACGCCAUAUGCUAUCGAGGAACCUGCCAAAAAUGAGGAGCCGAUAAUUACUGCACCUGCGCAAGAGGCAACCGAAGAGCCAGUUGAUGAGUGGGCGUCGAUCUCAACCAAGAAGUCUAAGAAGGACAAGAAGGAUAAGAAGCGCAAAUCUGGACCCCCUACGCCGGCAGAGGAAAUGCAGGAACAAAUUGUAGCUGUCGAAGAGCCUCGAGACCUGAGCAUUGAUUCCACAGGUCCACCACCGUCCGGUGAAAUUGAAUCGCAUUUUAUCGAGGCCCCUGAUAAACCCAAGGACGAAGAAAUUGAAGGACCAACCGAGCAGGAUUCUGGCGCCGCUUAUGCACAAGAAUUUGUCGAGGAGCCAGUCAAUCUGGAAGUAUCUCCCCUCCCUGAAGGUUCUCAAGAUCCUGCGCAAGCCCCCGGAGAUGAGUUGGGUUCCUUCUCAACUAAGAAGUCCAAAAAGGACAAGACAGGCCUUUCAACGCCACAAGAAGAAACAUCGACUAGCACCAAACCUCAAAAGUAUUUGGAAACUGAAGGCUUGAUUGAACAGCCGUCUUCCGAUCCUCUUGGAGUUCAAACCGUUGAAGAAUUUGCGCAACCCUUGAGUGAGAAAUUGGAUGACAAAGAUGGGACAGUUCAAGAUGAUGGUUUUGGGUUCGCGAAGAAAUCUAAGAAGGACAAAAAAGGAAAACGAGGAUCUAGGCUUCAUACGGAGGCUGAUGCCACGAAUAUUCUCCCAAAAGACUCACCUAUUACGACAGAGAGUUCUCGUGAGCAAGGGCCUUCCAUCGCAGCAGAACACUUGGUUGUCAAUCCUGUUGAUAUUGAGCAAAUGAGCCCAUCUCUCAAGGACAAAUCUAGAGACACAACGAGCGCUUCACUUCCCACCUCAGAGCAUUUUGGGAGCGAGGAUACCGAUGCUUUCCCAACCGACCUCUCUCGAAAACCAUCCAAGAAGGAUAAGAGGAAGCGUCAAGCUACUCUUGAUGCUACCAUACCUGGUGAUGUUGGACUGGCAAAAGCUGCCUUGACAUCUUGGGCUGAUGAAGUCGAAGAGGCUGAGGUGGAAAGAAAACUACCAGUCAUUGAAGAUAUUGCAAAGGACGAAUCUCUCUCGCACAUCGCACUCACAACCGAAGCGUCCCCUGUGGACGACUUCCUCAGACCUACAAAGAAAGGCAAGAAGGGAAAGAAGAAGAAUACUGGGUCAAUCGGUUCACCAUCUAUGGCAGAGUCCUUCCGUCCUCCGAUUGGAGAAGAUAUCCCCAAGGACGAGAACAGCAGCAUCCCAGGUCUAGCUGCAGCGGGAGCAGCAGCUCUGGCUGGUGCAGCUAUUCUCAGUAAGUCCGGCGGAAAGGAGAGCGAACCAAGUACUUCUGCUAGUGGCGCCUCAACGCCAGCGAGAAAGUUGUCAAAGAAGGAGAAGCGUAAGAUGAGCAUUGAUCACAGGGCUCCAAGAGAUGACAUAUUCGACGAUCCUGCGCUUUGGGAGGGUGCUGACCCUAAGGAAUUUGAAGAAUCAAGGGGCCAAGAGAAAGAUUAUGAUGGUGAUGAUGGUUUUUGGUCCCCUCCUCGGGAAGAACAAUCACACGCAGACCCAGUCGCAUCCCACGAGCCAAGUGAAAUCGAUAGAGAGCUAAAGCAUCCUCAUGACGAAACAUCUCAGACACCUCCAAUUCCACCAAUAAUGACAACUUCGAAUGUUCAACAGCCAGUAUCGACACCGCUAGAACUUACUGAUAUACCGCUGCUUAGCCAUCAAAACGCCUCAACUCCAUCUGAAUCGAUUAGCCAAUCUCAGCAUAGAGGAGUCGAUUUCGAGGAACAACCGAUCGAAAGUACGCCAUCCCGAAAGAGCAGAUAUAAUACUGGAUUUUCAGACUUGCCGGUAGUCAGAGAAGAAAGCCCAGUUCGACAUGAAUCUGAUCUUCAAAUUAAACGAGGUCACCACGAAGAUGAUGCCAAUAGAGACAGCGCAUUUGUUACAGAGUCGCCAAUUCCACCCCAAGGGGCCUUCGCAGAUGUUCAUGAUGAGCACGUCCGUGACAGUGGUGUCCAUAUGCAUGACAUUUCGCCAGCUGGGGAAAUGCACGCGCGAGCGCCAGUGUCUUCCUCGGAUGAUGCCAUCGCUAGCUUGGCGUGGCCUCAGGUCGAUGAAGAAGCAGAGACGGUCGCCAUUGACAAGUCCUUGAGGCCAAAGGUUGUGACUGACAAGCACCGCCGUGAAGAGAGUUCACGAAGCAGUCACGAUUUACAUGAGCCGAAAGAAGACAGGAAUAUAGAUUUCUUCCAGGCUCAGCGGCCUUCAGACGAGCGAGUAGACAAGCAUCACGACGAAAAGCGCUCAAGUAUUGAUCUUCUUCCAUCUCAAAAAGACAAAGAGGAGAAGCAUACGAGCCUCCACCGCACUCAGACGAUCCAUGGAUCGGCGGAAGAAAGAGCAAGACAUCAUGAACAAGACAUCCACCCAUCUCACCGGGAAGAACAUGCAGGACUUCAUCGCACCGACACCAUUCAUGGAUCGCGACAACCGAGUCAAGGUGGUCUUGUGAAGCAACGCGUGCAACGACUCGAAUCUUCAGACAAUCUACGCUCCGCCAAACCAAAAGUAGAAAGCGAUUUAAAGCAAAGUGUGCCGCGGAUUAAAUCACCCGAUUCCCACCGAUCUUCAAAGCCCAAGGAAGAGAAAUACGCGGAACUUGGCCAGGCACAAAUACCCAAGGCUGAGCGGCCCAAGAUCAGCAAUGAAUCCGCUAUUGCAGCCGGUACUGCUGCCAUUGGCGCGGCAGGCCUAGGUUUCGCAGCCGCUCGCCAAUUGAGUGGAGAGAAACGGCCAGACAGCGCACAGAGUCACAAGUCCACAUCGAACAUCAAUCGACUAAGAACUCCAGACCCCAAGUUUCGAUCCGACAGCGCCAACAGCCACCGUUCGGGUACGCCUCCGCUCCGCCGUAGUGAUCGCAAAAUCAGCGGGGAUCUGCGGUCUCUCAGCCAACGAAGUCAGCUUGACCUCGCUAAGGAAGCUGAGCUUGCCGCGCCAUCAAAUUCAUCGUCAACAGCAACAAACCCACAAGCCAACGAGGGUCGCGUCCGGGCUAAGGACAUGGCGGAUGUCUAUGAUGGCUUCGGUGAAGGCCGCAUGGGCUCACCCCGCUCUCCAACUCGACCCCACUCCAUGCGCCGAAGACAAAGCAUGCAAGUCCUUGACCUCGAGUCCAAACUCGAACAAUUAGCUGCCGAAAAUCGCAUGCUGGCAGAAGCAAAAGCGCAAGCCGAACGAACGUUACAAGCAUCAGGUCAAGGAUCUAAUUCAGUCGUCGAAAAAGAUGCAGAGAUUGACAGUCUCAAGAGGACGCUCGACUGGCUACAAAAUGAAGUUACAAGACUUACAGAAGUGAAUGAUGGAUUGGCGAGCGCAAAUGCUACGAUUGGACAGCAACAUAGCGAACGAUAUGGCACUCUGGAAGCCGAGCAUGCGCAAGCCACCCGCGAACUCCAAGAAACACGAGAUGCGCAUAGGAAUUUAUCGGGGGGCAUGGAAGGGAUCGUGAGGAAUGAGGUUCAGAGGUCUGUACAGGAGAAAGAUGAAGAGAUUGCUCAAUUGCGAGCUCAGCUGGAGUCCGCGAAGGAGCAGAUUCGGGAAAUGCAAAGGCAAAUUUUAGCAUCGAAAGCAGGCGACAGCGACUUUCUCACCAUCCGAGACGAAGACUACUUUGACAAUGCCUGCCAACAAUUAUGUCAACAUGUGCAACAAUGGGUUCUGCGGUUCUCGAAGUUCUCCGAUAUGAGAGCCUGCAGGCUUACGAGCGAGAUCAACAAUGACAAGACUAUUGACCGACUCGAUAAUGCAAUCUUGGACGGUUCGGAUGUAGACAACUAUCUCGCAGAUAGAAUCAAGCGCCGAGACGUGUUCAUGUCGAUGACAAUGACAAUGGUUUGGGAGUUCAUAUUCACACGCUACCUGUUCGGCAUGGAUCGGGAACAACGGCAGAAGCUCAAAUCUUUGGAGAAGUUACUGUCAGAGGUCGGACCAGCAGCAGCAGUCCAUCAAUGGCGUGCUACCACACUCACACUACUAUCGAAACGAGAUGCAUUCAUAGAGCAACGAGAGCAGGAUACCGAAGCCGUCGUUCACGCAAUAUUAGAAACACUUAGCGAGAUCCUUCCUCCACCAAGUCACCUCGAGGCGCAGAUCGAUGAGCAGUUGAAGAGAGUAAUGAAAGCGGCAGUAGAUCUCUCCAUCGAGAUGCGGACUCAGCGUGCGGAGUACAUGAUGCUCCCACCCCUGCAGCCAGAAUACGAUGCCAAUGGCGACCUUGCCAGCAAAGUAUCGUUCAACGCGGCGCUGAUGAACGAGCGCAGCGGGGAUACUGUCUCGAAUGAGGAGCUAGAAGCGCAGAAGGCUGUCGUGAGAGUUGUGCUCUUCCCACUAGUCGUCAAGAAAGGCGAUGAUAGUGGAGAAGGAGACGAGGAGAUUGUCGUCUGCCCUGCGCAGGUGUUGGUCGCGAAGCCGAAGAAAUCGGUCAGGGUCUUCAGUCCGGAGGAUAUGGCUGCGAAUCACUCGCGGAUGAGUUUGCAGAGUAGCAUGCCUGGGGGCGAAGGGAGCGUUUUUUAG